CAGUUCAUCCCAAGUUGAUAAUUCUAGUUUUCUUCGAAAGACUUAGAAUUAUCACUUUUAUAUGUUAUAUAACAACAUUUCAAAACACAUCAAACCCAACAGAAAAUAUGGAAGCAAAAAAAAUCCCAGAAGUGAUACUAAACUCAGGGAAAAAGAUGCCAGCCAUAGGCCUUGGAACCGGAUCUUUUCCUCUUCCACCACAUGAAACUCUCAUCUCCAUACUUAUUGAUGCCUUUGAGGUCGGCUACAGACACUUUGACACUGCUACUUUUUAUGGAAGUGAGGAGCCUCUAGGAAAAGCUGUGGAUAAGGCUUUUGAGCUAGGCCUUGUAAAGAGCAGAGAUGAAGUAUUCAUCACUUCAAAACUAUUGCCAUCUGAUGCUCACCCUGACCUUGUUCUUCCAGCUCUCAAGACCUCACUGCAGAAGUUGGGGUUGGAGUAUGUAGAUCUGUAUUUGAUUCAUUGGCCACUGAGGUUGAAACCUGAAGCCACAGGGCCAGCUGAUAUGUUAAAGGAGAAUGUGAUGCCCUCCUUUGACAUGAAAGGAAUAUGGGAAGCUAUGGAAGAGUGUUGCAGAUUAGGCUUAGGCAAAGUCAUUGGUGUCAGCAACUUUGUUUAUGAGAGCCCAAUCCUUAAGGAAAUCGCUUUUGCAAGACAGAAGACCUCGCUCAGGAAAUCAAUGACAUGCAUGGUGAUACAGAUUGCACUGAGAUGGAUAUACGAAGAAGGGGUAAGUCCGAUUGUGAGAAGCUUCAACAAGGAAGAAAUGAAAGAAACAUUGAAUAUUUGAUUGGAAUGAAGCAGGAGGAAUCACAGAAAUUCAGGAACAUUCCACAGCGUAGAUGUUUUCUGGAAUAAACUUUGUAUCAGAAAAUGGACCUUACAAGAGCUUGGAAGACUUUGGGAUGGAGAUCCUUGAAAUGUGUCUGUCUCUACUAUCUUAUAAUCUAGCCAACUCAUGUCAUGGAUCCUUUCGUUGUUGUCAAGCCUUUAUAAAAUAUUAUUCUGUAUUCAUAUCAACUUCCCAAAGAUAAAAAUAGGAUCUGUGUGCAUCAAAAUAUUUCAAUGAAAAGGAAUUUUUAGC